AUGGCUGAGAAGAUGCUGCUUGUCAACGUGAAGAAGCCACAUGAGGAGGGGGGUUUUUUUGAAACGUCAAGAAUCCUCUACUCCGAAGUAACGGUGCCGAGGAAGCUGGAGCCAAGGGACAGGGCGCUUGCACAGGAGGACGUGUCAUAUUUAAUAACAGCAGAAGGAAAUCACCAUAUCGUCCAUCUAGCACAAGCAAAAAAUUUGAUAGCCAAGGAUCUCCCCGUUUUUACUUACAGUCAAGAGGGAGAUCUGAUAACUGAAUACCCGUACGUUCAGGAGGACUGCUACUACGAGGGGUUUGUGGAAGGCUCCCCAGGAUCCCUUGUGUCCCUCAGCACAUGCUUCGGCAUCAGUGGAGUUUUGCAAAUUGGAGAUUUGAGGUAUGAAAUCGAACCUGUUGAAAACUCUUCUACGUUUCAACAUCUUAUUUAUCGGAAGGCACUGGAAAGCGACGUACCUCAUCUGUGCCAAGUGCCUGAAAAAGAUGAAGAUCUGCCUGAAGAUGGAGACCUUUCAAAUGAGAGUCGUAAAAUAUUUGUUAUUGAAGAAGUUUCCAAUCUUCACGAAUUGCAGGUGUCCAAGAGAUAUUUAGAAUUAGUUCUCAUAACAAACAAAGAGCUGUUUAAAGUUAAUCACUACAAUGAAACUCUGAUGUUGCACCUCCUCAUUUCCAUAAACAACCUCCUGAACACGGUGUACCGGCCCAUGAAGCUGCAGAUCGUGGUGAGCGCGGUGGAGAUGUGGAACGACAUGGACCACGUGACGAUCGCCCAUGAUCUGGCCCAUACGCUGCAAUUUUUUUCCAUGUGGUGCCAGAGGGACGUCAUAGGCCGCAUUAAUUACGACCAUAUCGAGCUACUUCUCGGUCAGCACUACAAAGACCUGGGAUUUGCCUGGAAAGGGACUAUGUGCCAGCUGAACUCAAUGGGCGUUGUCUCGUUCCCUGGGCAUGACACUAUCAGUAACGUGAUGACACUUGCUCAUGAGAUGGGCCACAGUUUAGGUUUCAAUCAUGACGAUAGCAAACGAUUUCACGACAGAGACUGUAACUGCAACUGCACUCAUAAAGGAUGUAUCAUGCGAACAUCACCGGGAUCGUGCUUUGCAUUCAGUAACUGCACUUUGGAAGAAUAUUACGAUGAAGUAGUAAGAAAAAAUCUACCUUGUCUACUCAACAUACCGUCUCUGAAACCAUUUCUCUCCGAUCACUGUGGCAAUGGUGUCUUGGAAAAAGAGGAAGAAUGUGAUUGUGGCAGUGAUGAGGCAUGCCUCCGAGAAGGUUGCUGCCUCUCCUCCACCUGCUUACUUGCACACGGGGCUUCUUGUUAUAGAGGAGAAUGUUGUCACAAAUGUCAGUUUCAGCCAGCAGGAAAACUAUGCAGAGAAGUCAGGAACAUAUGUGAUCUUCCAGAGUACUGUAAUGGAACUUCGGACGCCUGCCCCAUAGACGUAUUUAAGCAAGAUGGAACCCCAUGUAGUGACCACGACCGCUGCUAUGAAGGGGACUGCCACAACCACGAGACACAAUGCAAAGCUUUAUUUGGCAAAGCCGCCCAACGUGCUCCGCUGAGCUGCUUCAGGGAAGUGAACGUUCGAGGCGACCGAUGCGGCAACUGUGGCUGGAACGGGACGUAUUACACUAAAUGUCGAGAAGAGAACAUCCUGUGUGGAAGAGUGCAGUGUGUUAACAUUAAAAGAAUACCAGUCAGGAAAGACGGCGAGACCGUGGUUCAGACUUCUGUGAACAACCAUUUAUGUUGGGGACUGGAAUUUCAUCUGCCUUCAGACACACCUGAUGAUGGAUCGGUGAAAGACGGCACAACGUGUGGUAGAAACAAGAUAUGUUUAAAUAGGACAUGUGUCAGCACAAUGUAUCUCAACUAUGAUUGUACGAAGACAAAAUGCAGUGGCAGAGGGGUGUGCAACAACAAGCGAAAUUGUCACUGUAAUUUUGGGUGGGCCCCUCCAGACUGCAAACUGGAAGGAUUUGGAGGCAGUACUGACAGUGGGCCACCUCCUUCUCUUGACUUGGAAGGAGUUGCAAGGAAUAUGGGAAAAACUUUUGGCGCGCUUCUUUCAUUCCUUUUGAUCUCGGGCAUUUUGCUGUACAAGAGGGCUGACAUUGCUCAGCUGUUUCAAAGUUGUCAGUUUUCCCCUGACAUUGACAGCACGCUGAAAGGGGACUCUGAAGCCUACGUGAUGGUCUCACCUACAGGAGACCUGUCAGCAAAAUAG